UGGCCCACACCAAUUAAUAAUCAAGAUUAUUUAGUACAUACAUCAACUAGAGGAGUCCCAGUGUAUGAACUAGUUAGUAUCAAGGUAGACGAGUCCCAAAAGCCCAACUAUAAAAUAACACAUCAAAGGCAUCAAGCUUUCUCAUCCAAGAUCUGGUAACAAGCGUUGGCUAUAUACAUACUCCAUCAUGGAUUCAUGUUUGUAUCUUCGCAUUUACCUGAUCUUGUGUUGCUUUAAUCUUGUCAUACUAUUAACUUACUCGUCCUCUUCUACGCGGCCAUUAUGCCACGAAAAUGAGAGCAAGGCCUUGCUGCAGUUCAAGCACAACUUUGUCAUCGACAAGCUUGCUUCUGUCGACCCUUUUGCUUAUCCAAAACUUGAAUCAUGGAAGCUACUUGAUGGAAAGAGCAACAGUUGCUGCUCAUGGGAUGGCGUCGAUUGUGACCAAGACACCGGUCAUGUGAUUGGUCUCGACCUCAGCAGUAGCUUUCUCUACGGUUCUAUCGACUCCAACAGCAGCCUAUUCACCCUUGUCCACCUUCGUAGCCUUAACCUUGCCGAUAAUAAGUUCAACUUCUCCAAAAUACCAUCCAGAAUUGGACAUCUUUCAAGGCUGACAAGUCUCAAUCUAUCAAACUCUGGAUUUUUCGGUCAGAUUCCUUCAGAAAUCUCAUCUCUUUCCAAAUUAGUUAUCCUUGAUCUGUCUACGAAAAUUAUUGAUUGGUAUUCUGAAAGUCUUUUCAAACUUGGAAAACCCAGUCUAAAGGACCUAGUUCAAAACCUAACCAACCUAAAAGUACUUGACCUUUCUAUGGUGAAUAUAUCUUCUUCAAUGCCAAGUGUUUUGUCAAAUAUAUCCUCUCUAACAACUCUUAGGCUUAAAAGAUGUUCGUUGCAUGGUGAAAUUCCAAUGGACAUUUUUCUUCUACCAAAACUGCAGAUUCUUAAUGCAGUGUGGUAUGAAAACCUCAUCGGCUCUCUACCUGAAUUUCAAAGUAGUAGUCGCCUUACGACACUAAUAUUCUCGCAUACGAGCCUCUUUGGUAAGCUCCCAGAUUCAAUUGGUAGACUUGAAUCCUUAAGUUAUUUGGGUUUGACUAAAACUAUUAUAUCUGGGAUGCUUCCAUCUUCACUUGGCAAUCUAACCCAGCUCACUUCCCUGGGCCUUGAUGGUUGCAAGUUUAGUGGCCAGAUUCCUUCGUCGUUGGCAAACCUAUCACAACUAACUAAUUUUGGAAUUGGCGAUAACGACUUUGACGCAGGACCACUUCCUUUUCCUCCAGGGAAGCUAAUCAAACUCACUCAAUUGUAUGCACCAAAAAUGAAUUUACAAGGUGAGAUCCCACUGUCACUUGUAAACCUGACCCAACUUUCCUUUUUAGACGUUAGCAAAAACAACCUGGUAGGUAAAAUCCCAUCCUGGUUCAUGAACCUCACCCAAUUAACACAGGUAGAACUUGCAGGGAAUUACUUCCAUGGCAUGAUUCCUAGCUCAAUCACUGAACUAAAGCGUCUUGAUUUUUUGAGUCUUCAUUCUAACAGCUUCACUGGUACAGUUGAGCUAGACAUGUUUAUGAAACUCCCAAGCCUGGUCUCAUUGCAAUUAGGGCAAAACAAACUAACAGUGCUAGACAAAAAUAGUACCAACGGUACUCAUCCACAGCUUGAUAUUCUAGGAUUGGGGUCAUGCAACUUAGUCAAGUUCCCUAGCAUUUUGAGAUUUCAAGAUAAAUUGCAGGUUUUAUAUAUUCACGAGAACAGAAUUCGAGGCGAAAUACCAACAUGGAUGUGGAACUCAAGCAAAGAAACAAUGGUACUUGUCGACUUCAGCCAGAACUUCCUAACAGUCUUCGAGCAGCAGCCGGCUGUCAUACCAUGGCAUUUUCUACAAUAUUUCCACCUCAGCUCUAACAAGCUUCAAGGAGCGCUUCCCCUUCCACCACCAAGCACUGUUAUUUAUGAUGCUAGCAAUAAUGCACUGACAAGAGCAAUUCCACAGUCAAUAUGCCAGAAGAAUUCUCUUCGUAUGCUUGAUUUGUCCAAUAACAAUUUAAAUGGCACAAUACCUCCAUGUUUGGCCAGUUCCAGCGAGGAUCUUCUCAUAUUGAAUCUAAGUUGCAAUAGUCUUCACGGAAGUAUUCCUUCAACAUUCACAAUGAAUAGCCAAUUGGUGAUGAUUGAUGUAGGGCACAAUCAACUACAGGGGCUGGUGCCAAGAUCAUUGGCAAAUUGUGUGAUGCUGGAGUGUCUCAUUUUUCAAAAUAAUCAGAUUGAGGAUACUUUCCCCUCUUGGUUGGGAGAUCUUCCUAAGUUAGAGCUUCUUAUUUUGGGAUCAAACAAAUUCCAUGGCGACAUUGGGUACCCCCAAAACAAUUCAAUGUUUCCAAAGUUGCGGAUAAUUGACCUCUCUUGCAAUGGCUUUUCAGGUAAUUUGCCAACAGAAUACAUUCAUGACUGGAAUGCAAUGAAAAAGAUCAACAAAGAGAACUUGACAUAUAUGCAUGCAAAUCCGAACUUUCAGUACCAGAUGCGUGCCGGUCCAACAACUCAUAUGGCACAAACCUUGGUAAUAGGGAUGCGUUUUGAUUACUCGAUAAUUGUGGUCAGCAAAGGGACGCACAGGUUAUACGAGAGGAUUCAAAGUGCCUUGGUGGUUGUUGAUCUCUCUAGCAACAUAUUCGUUGGGGAUAUCCCAGAAUCCCUUGGAAGUCUCAGUGGGCUUCAAUUGCUAAACAUUUCCAACAACAAACUUACUGGAGCUAUCCCAUCAUCAUUGGCGAAAUUGACAGAAUUGGAGUCGUUGGAUCUAUCCCAAAACUUGCUCUCAGGACAGAUCCCCGGGCAACUGACCCAACUCACUUUCCUUUCAAUCUUAAAUGUUUCUCAUAAUCGACUCACUGGCCUAAUACCUCAAGGGAAACAAUUUGAUACAUUCGAAAAUAGUUCGUAUGAUGGGAAUUCGGGAUUGUGUGGUGUUCCAUUGUCGAAGUCAUGUAGAAAUUCAAUGACCUUACCACCACCUCCGCCUAUAUUUCAAGGUCAUGAUCUCGAGUUUUCGAGUGGUAUUUAUUGGAUGGUCAUAGCCUUGGGAUAUGGAAGUGGGCUGUUAGUUGGGUUGGUUAUUGGGACAACUCUGACGAGGAGGUAUCACGAAUGGUUUGUCGACACCUUCGGGAGGGGGAAGAAAUUUUAGAAGAAGAAGAAAAGCAAGGGCCGAAGAAUCUAAUUGAUGGCAAUGAAAUCGUGGGUUCUUUCUUCAAUACUACUUUUGUGCUUGUGCUCCCAACUUGGCUAGAGGUUAUGUUAAUAAAAGGGUCCGGUAUGCAGGUUUUAGCAGUGGAAUACUAGCAGCGUUGUCAGGUUUCCAGAUUGCACAAGAGAGAUCUUCCUGGACCUUUUGUUUUUGUUCAUUUUGUUGCUGCAAGAAGUGAUAACAUGUACUAGUUCUUCAUAUCGCAGUUAUGUCUUUCUAUUACUCAUGGUUUUGUCACUUAUCACUUAUGUCUUGUUGUAUAUGUGGUAUAUAUCUGGCCUUAGAUGAUUAGUAUGGACUAUUGUACUUGUGUGCUCCCAAAACCUAUAACAUUACUGUUAUUCUACCCUUCUUAUUGGUACAUAACAUAGAUAUGCAGACAGGCUACUUACUGUCCGUAUAUGUUAGGAAUAUUGCUCUUAGCCCCAUAAAACAAUCUGUAGAGGAUUCACCGCACCUACGUUGGAACUAAAAUGAAGGUCUCGCCGUGUGUUAAAACUUUGAAAUUGAAUCAAUUAGGGGUGUAAAAAUCAAUUUCCUUGCAUUAUUGCGUGUUCAUAUUUUUGGCUUAAACAUUACCUUUUCUUUGCAUUGUGAUUU